UAUUGGCUGCCUGCCAAUAACAAAAUUCUGUAUUUACACAAUUUGUUCAUCUAAUGAGUCAUCAUUCGCCUGUUUCUUGCAUUCCACACACUGCGAAAAUGUCGAAGGCAAAAAAAGUUAUCGAAGAAGCUAAAGAAAUAAACAAUCCUGAAAUUGACUUGGUGGAUAAAGGAAUUACAAAUCUUGAUGAAAUACCUGGCUUGUUUUCCUUGGAAAACAUAACUCGCUUAACUCUUAGCCACAACAAGAUACAGAUCGUGCCAGCGAGUUUAGCCAAUCUCGUUAACUUGGAAAUACUUAACCUUGCUAAUAAUCACAUAGAGGAGUUGCCCAUUAGUCUAUCGUCACUGCCGAAACUUCGGAUAUUGAAUGUAUCCCUCAAUCGUUUGUAUACCUUGCCAAGAGGGUUUGGGGCCUUCCCUGUGUUGGAGAUACUGGAUCUCACAUACAAUAACCUCAACCACCAGACAUUGUCCGGAAACUUUUUCAUGAUGGAAAGUCUCCGGGCCCUUUAUUUGGGUGACAAUGACUUUGAGAUUCUUCCACCUGAAAUUGGAAAUCUGAAAAAUUUACAGAUUCUGUCAAUGCGAGAAAAUGACUUGAUUGAAGUACCAAGAGAGCUUGGUCAGUUGAGCCGUCUCCGGGAACUGCAUUUGCAAGGAAACAGACUUGUUGUCUUACCACCAGAAAUUGGCACGUUAGAUCUCGCAAGUAACAAAUCGGUGCUACGACUAGAAGGGAACUUCUGGGUCCCACCAAUUGAGGAUCAACUCAAGCUGGGUCCUUCCCAUGUACUGGACUAUUUGAGAUCUGAAACCUACCGAGUAUUAUACAGCCGACAUAUCUCGGCCAAGCCACCUCCGCCCCCACAGACCUUGGACAAGAGCAAGAAGGCUAGCCGUGCCCGAUCUUAAUACGGUCACAUUUUAUUAUUCUUUGUUAAUGAAUUCAAAGCAUUUAAAAUAACGCCUCAGACAUACAAAUAAGGAGUCUAAACUUGGAUAAAACUUUUAUUCCUAGACUUAAAUAUAUAUUGCUAUUUUUAUUUAACAAGAAAACUACAGUUAUCUAAUAUUUAUUUACUUGAUAAAAAAUGAAAUUAAUAUUAGUUAUUUAAGUGCCUUAUGUAGUUUAAGUCAUUAAUUAAUGUUGUGUUGUGAAUGCGUUGUGUAUUUAAUUUAUA